CACGGCUACUCCAUCCUCUCCGAGCCGUGUUCGGAAGGCAGAAUACUCCAUGUACGAGGAGGUACAAAACCAACGACGACUCUGAGCAGGACCUUAGACAUUCUCGCAGAUUUUACAAGACAAAUCAACUAGACAACAUGGGCUGGAAGAACGUCGACACAAUCAUUGAGGGCAAGUUGUAUCUUGGAAAUAUCAAUGCAGCAAGAUCACCGCGGUCGUUAUCGGAGCGCAAUAUUUCUCACAUCGUCUCCGUUUGCAACGACCCCAUCCCUUCCGAGCUGCCCGAAAGUGGAAUUACCUUUCUCCGAAUUCCUGUAGAGGAUGUCGAUACCGCUGAUCUCCUGAUACAUAUGCCUGCUGUAUGUCAGUUCAUUGACCGAGCCCUACAAGCCCGAGGAGUGGUAUUGGUACACUGCGUACAGGGUUUAUCUCGCAGCGCAGCAGUAGUCGCGGCAUACCUUAUGUACACGAAACGCAUAAACGCGACGCGUGCCAUGGACGAAGUUAGAAAAGCCCGCGAACAAGUGUGGUUCAACGCUGGUUUUCAAGAGCAGUUGGUUCUUUUUGAGCUCUGCAGAUAUGCGCCCAGCCCCUCCUGUGGAAUUUACCUCUCGUGGCGGCAGAGGGUCAACAACGCCCUAAAGGGCACUUAAGAAACCGGGUUGUCGCUCAAUUGAGAUGGCGGCACACCUGGAAAAGUAAGCUAAUUUCCAAAGCCACUCAAUUGCAUACCUUCCUAGUUCGAUCAUUAGACACUCCAAUUGUACUUCUACAGAACACAGUGAAUCGUUCAUAGUGGAUCGUUUAUCUUGCUGUAUAACAAGUUUUUUUGUAUCUUUUCCUACAACAUCAUCAUGUUUUCCGUGUAGCUUGGCUUUACUCUGUAUUAUGUUUUUUCAUCGCUCUCGCACUGCGUUAUAUGUUACCUUGCUGUUUACUAUGAUGUCCAGACCUGCC